AUGGCGCUGCCGGGCUCCCUGAACAGGUACCUGCUGCUCAUGGCGCAAGAGCACCUGGAGUUCCGCCUGCCGGAAAUACAAUCUUUGCUUUCACUUUUUGGAGGUCAGUUCACCAAUAAUCAAGGAACUUAUGGAAAAUCUCCUUUUUGGAUUCUUACUAUUCCCUCUGAAGAUAUUGCCAGAAACUUAAUGAAGCGGACAGUGUGUGCCAAGUCCAUAUUUGAACUUUGGGGUCAUGGGAAAUCUUCAGAAGAGCUGUAUAAUUCUCUCAGAAACUACCCUGUGGAGAAGAUGGUUCCAUUUCUACAUUCAGAUUCUACAUAUAAAAUACAGAUUCACACAUUCAAUAAAACAUUGACACAAGAAGAAAAAGUCAAACGAAUAGAUGCUCUUGAGUUUCUGCCAUUUGAAGGAAAAGUAAAUUUAAAGAAGCCACAGCAUAUAUUCUCUGUUUUGGAGGAUUAUGGUUUGGACCCCAACUGCAUUCCUGAGAAUCCACAUAAUAUUUAUUUUGGUAGAUGGAUUGCAGAUGGACAAAGAGAGCUUAUAGAGUCAUACAGUGUCAAAAAGAGACACUACAUUGGAAAUACAAGCAUGGAUGCUGGUUUAUCAUUCAUCAUGGCCAACCAUGGAAAAGUAAAGAAAAAUGAUAUUGUCUUUGACCCAUUUGUUGGAACAGGUGGCCUUCUGAUAGCAUCUGCUCAUUUCGGAGCUUAUGUCUAUGGGACAGACAUAGACUACAACACAGUUCAUGGCUUGGGAAAGGCUAGUAGGAAAAACCAGAAAUGGAGAGGACCAGAUGAAAACAUUAGGGCAAAUCUCCGUCAGUAUGGAUUAGAGAAGUAUUACCUUGAUGUCCUGGUUUCUGAUGCAUCCAAACCUUCCUGGAAGAAGGGCACAUAUUUUGAUGCAAUCAUCACUGAUCCUCCAUAUGGUAUCAGAGAAUCGACAAGAAGAACAGGUUCACAGAAGGAAAUCCAGAAGGGAAUAGAAAAAUGUCCAGAAAGCCAUGUUCCUGUUUCCUUGAAUUAUCAUCUGAGUGAUAUGUUUUUUGACCUGUUAAACUUUGCAGCUGAGACCCUCACAUUAGGUGGAAGACUAGUGUAUUGGUUACCAAUAUACACACCAGAAUACACUGAAGAGAUGGUACCCUGGCAUCCUUGCCUGAAACUUAUUAGCAACUGUGAGCAGAAGCUUUCUAGUCACACAGCAAGGCGCUUGAUAACAAUGGAAAAGGUGAAGAAAUUUGAGAACCAGGACCAGUAUUCACAUCUGCUAAGUGAUCAGUUUCUGCCGUACCAAGGUCAUAAUUCCUUCCGGGAGAAGUAUUUCAGCGGGAUAACGAAAAGAACUGCCAAGGAAGAAAAAUCUAGCCAGGAGUGA